AUGAAGCUCCUGAUACUGGCUUGUGUGCUGGCAGUCACUGCGGACGCCGCUCCUCAGGGAUACAACCAAGCCGCGCCCACUGGUCCAGCAUUCUCUGCAGGUUCAGGGUUCUCCGGUGGCUCAUCAUUUGGAUCUGGUCACUCAUCAGGGGGAUCAGGAUUCUCGGGUGGUUCAGGGUUCUCCUCUGGUGGGUCUGGCUACUCCGGAGGCGGCUGUGGUUCCGGACAGAUUCGGCAUGUGGACGGCAGCUGUGUGACUCCUCAGAUCACUCGUAACUUGUAUGUGUACAACGCGCCUGAAACUGCUCCCGUAGUUGGUCCACGACCAUACCUUCCACCACCAAGAGUUGAGCACAACAUUGUGUUCAUCCGCACCCCAGAGAACGGUCCAGGACAGGAGCCCAUUGUCAUACCACCACCUCAACAGAAAAAUAUAUUGUAUGUCCUCAAUAAGCGACCCUUGAACGAUCAGAAGGUCAUCCACGUACCAGCACCAGAACAAGAAAGUCCUCAAGUGUUCUUCGUCAAUUAUGGAGAAGGAGACAACCCGACGCUGCCUACCGGUGGAGACCUGCAGUCUGCCCUCAGCUCUGCUGCCCAAGGUGGCGGUGACGUCAUUAGUGGUGGCGGUGGAGGAUUUGGUGGCGGUGGUGGCGGCGCUGGCUUUGCAAGUGGGGGUGGCGGAGGCGGAUUUGCAAUUGGUGGAGGAGGAGGAUUUGCUAGCGGUGGUGGAGGAGGUGGCUUUGGCAGUGGUGGUGGAGGAGGUGGCUUUGGCAGUGGUGGUGGAGGAGGUGGCUUUGGCAGUGGUGGUGGAGGAGGUGGUUUUGUGAGUGGUGGAGGUAAUGCCGGAGGCGGAGGCGGAUAUUCGGCUCCUUCUGUUGCACAGCCGUCAACACAGUAUUCACAGCCUUAAUUCAAGACUUUUUUGUUAGUUUGUGAUGAUGUGGAUGUAUAUGCAGCUGUCUAAUGUUAAUGUUAUUACCACUGGCUGCUACUACAUACCUAUACGAACGCAUUUAAGUGUCUACGAUCUGUUAAAUUUG